AUCACGUGAGUGCUGUGAUGACGCCACAGCGAAGAUGGCGGAUUCGCUGUGUGGCUGCGGGGUGUCAGACGAAAAAGAUCCCGAAAAUGAGGAUCACAAAGGGGUCAAAUGUCCCUGGGCUGCUGCAGCCAUAUCGAGGAAGACAGACGUCUUUGGGUCGGCGGCGAAAAUGACGGAAACUCUCGGAUGUUAUGAGAAGCCCGCCGUUAAAGACGAGCAGCACGAGCAUUCAGACUCGGAUGACUCUGGCGAGCCGUCUCUGCUGAGGUUCAUGUGUGCAGAGCUCACCAGGGGCUACUUCCUGGAGCACAACGAGGCCAAGUACACUGAGCGGAGGGAAAAGGUCUACACCUGCAUGAGGAUCCCCAGAGAGCUGGAGAGAUUGAUGAUCUUCGGGAUCUUCCUGUGUCUGGAUGCCUUCCUGUACGUGUUCACCCUGCUGCCCCUGAGAACUUUACUGGCCUUUCUGAGGCUGUUGACGAUACCCUGCUGCGGCCUUGGCGCUAAUGUUUGCCCUUAUUGCAGACAGAGCAGUGGCUCUCGGUUCCUGCAGCCGGCUCAGGUGUGUGACCUGCUGAAAGGUUUAAUAAUGGUGCUCUGUUACUCCAUGAUGCACUACGUCGACUACGCCAUGAUGUACCACCUGAUCCGCGGCCAGUCUGUCAUCAAACUCUACAUCAUCUACAACAUGCUGGAGGUGGCAGACCGUCUCUUCUCAUCAUUUGGACAAGACAUUCUAGACGCUCUCUACUGGACGGCCACUGAACCAAAGUCACGGAAAAGAGCCCACAUUGGAGUCAUUCCCCAUUUCUUCAUGGCCGUCUUCUAUGUCUUUCUGCAUGCCAUCCUCAUCAUGGUCCAAGCCUCUACACUAAAUGUGGCCUUUAACUCGCAUAACAAAUCUCUGCUCACCAUUAUGAUGUCCAACAAUUUUGUGGAAAUCAAGGGAAGUGUGUUCAAGAAGUUUGAGAAGAACAAUCUCUUUCAGAUGUCCAACAGUGAUAUCAAGGAGCGGUUUACCAAUUACAUUUUGCUCCUCAUCGUGUGCCUGAGGAACAUGGAGCAGUUUUCCUGGAACUCAGAUCACCUCUGGGUGCUGCUUCCUGACGUCUUCAUGGUAAUCAUGUCUGAAGUUGCGGUUGACAUCGUCAAGCACGCUUUCAUCACUAAAUUCAAUGAUAUCACAGCUGAUGUCUACAGUGAAUAUAAAGCCAGCUUGGCCUUUGAACUUGUCAGCAGUCGACAACAGAAUGCCUACACGGACUACAGCGAUUCAGUCGCAAGAAGGAUGGGCUUCAUUCCUUUGCCUCUUGCUGUACUGUUGAUUCGAGUGGUAAUGAGCUCCGUGAAGAUCCAGGGCGCUCUCUCAUCUGUGUGUCUGCUCCUCUUUUAUCUUGGGUUGAUAACAAUGAAAGUGUUAAAUAGUAUAGUUAUUCUGGGCAAGUCCUGUCACUAUGUGAAGGAAGCUAACAUGGAGGGUAAGCUGUUUGAAAGACCGACUGCUCAAACCUCUAAACAAACGCCCAAGAAAGCAAACCCUGCCAAAUCUCCCCCACCCUCAGCUGAACCUAAAGUGCAGCGACCCUCCACCUCCAUCACCAAGCAGCCGAGCCCAAGAGCGAAGUCUUUUCCCCCGGCUCCACCUCCUGUAACUGAGGUGACCAGUGACCCGCCCCCAGAUUCUCCUGCUAAACCAGAGGAGAGCAGCAGCGAGACGCCACAAUCUACUGAACUUAAACACAAAACCACCAAAAAAGAUCUGUUGGAGAUCGACCGCUUCACAAUAUGCGGCAACCGAAUCGGAUGAACUUUAACCCCACCACCAUAGUAACUGCUCAGGAACGAAAGUGGAGAAGACUCAGAGUCUGAGUCUGAAAUAAUUGCAAAGGCUUUCGAGGGAGUUCUUCAGAGGUGGCUACUGUUUAAAUUACUCGUUUUGCCGUCCUCUCUGCUUCCACUUCUGUGGAAUAUCUACCAAAGGAAGCAGAUCUUGUGCGUAAAGCAUUUCAAAUCAAAAUGAGUCUGUUCACCCUUGGCAGCCUGGCAUAUAUCACAUGACGUGGAAUCCAGUAUAUGUUGCUUUAGGAUAAAUUUGUCUCGAUUUUAUCAGGAAAAACUUGGAACAAUAAACAAGGCAUGAACUUCUUACAAACCAGACCUUUUAUCUUUAAGUGGAAACUAAAAAGGAUAAAUUACUGUUUUUAAACACUAGAAAAAAAUCAAUUGAGUAAUUUACAACUGAUGCAUAUAAAUAGAUAAAGUUGUAUAUAUUCGCACACUUUUGGCUUAGAAUAACAUGCUAAACGGGUUUGCCAAUAAUGCUGCCAUUAGAAUUGAUCAGUCUGGCAAAUAUUUAUUUUUAGAACUUGUAAAGGUAUUAUUUGUUUCAGUUGAAGUCUGUAUUGUAACGCAUACAUUUCUUUAAAACACAUGACUCACAGAAAGGGAAGGUUUAGCUAAACUAAUGCCAGGCUGCUUGAUAAUUCAGCUCUGUAUAAUAUCCGUGGUGCCAAUCCAGCUGACUUAACUUUGCACUGAUUUACCACUUUGUCUUAAGCUGUACAGAGUAUUUUUGUGUUUCUAAUUAUGAAAGUUUACACCAGUUAUGAAAGAGCAAAUAACUGUUUCAUAUAGUGUAACAAAAUGAGUGUUUUUCGAAUGCACAUUGUUAGUGUAUUUUGAAAUUCAAAUCAUCUGUGACCAAUCAUAUACUGAGAGACUAUUGUUUGAUAUAAUUAAUGUUUGUUGUUUUAAAUGUAAUUAAAUUAUUAUCCAGUAAUUAAUAGUUCAGUAUCAUGUUUAUACUGUUUUAUAAUGUUGCUUGGAAGGUGAGGAAAGUUGACUGUCAAUCUAAGUCUGUACAGCCUAUGUCUAGAAUUUGCCUCCAGUAUAGUCAUGAGGUGCAGAGGUACCAAAUGACAAGUCACUUGAAAAUGGAUAUUCCGUCAUUCUCUUUUGACUGAAAAUUAGUUUUUUGAGAAGUGUUCCUGCCAUGGUCUGAAGUGUGCAUAAUUUGCAUUUCAGUAUAUUGUAUUUUGUUUUAUUUCCAUUGUAAAAAUGUAAUGACUAUUUUUGGAGAGAUUCUGAACAGGGUUGCACAGAUAGUUGUCCUCACGGUGUGUUCUCAUUUUUUGUUUUUAAAAUGUACCAUAAUGCUAAAGACUAAACCAUUUGUUUUUAUGUAAUUCCAUCCCUGUUUUUGGGACAGCAAAUAAAAGUUGUUUUG